UUCUUUCCCCCCUCUUUUUCCUCAGCAUUCUUGUACUGUUGGGUUUUGUUAUUUUAGUUUGAGGUUGGACCUUGGUAGUUUGUAGUGUUUUCUGCUUUUUUUUUUCUUCAGGUAGUUUUAGUGAAGCAGCCCUUAGCGGGAGUUGCUAACUCCGAUGGUCGACAUGGCGGGACCUGAGCCCGGUGUGCCUGUUGGAUGUAAAAAUGUCAAGCUGUGGAAUGUGCUCCCCUCUCCCAGAUGGAUCAUGGAUAUCAGAGCUGCUCCGGAGGAACCCAGAAGUUCAACACAACUUGUACAUUUAAAUGCAACCCAGGGUUUCUCCUGAUUGGCUCCUCAGCGGUGACCUGCAGGGCCACCGGCGUCUGGAGCCAAUCCAGACCUUUUUGUACAAGUUACAAACAUUCCCUGCUGGCCGUCGCCGGGUACGGAGCUGUGUCUCUCUGCAUCUGCGUCUGCCUCUGCGGGAUCAAACGCAGAAAAAGAAGUAAACUUGCUCAAGAAAGGAAACCCGAGGUCGCGAUGACCUGAAGAAACGAGAAAACUGGAAAUAUGUUGCCAUUUUAUCGGCAUACCUGCAAAAAUCCUAAAUAUAUGCACGUGUGGCUUGAACAUUUGCAGCACUGUGUGUAGAUUUGUGAAGAAUAAUAAAUUCAAAUGAAGUUUCACAUGAAAUAAACAUUUUGCUUGCAUAAAUUCUGAGUUUUGUUGUGUAGAUUUAUUCCCAACACAUCAAGAAUAAAUGGAGUUCUUCUUUUUGGGGGUGGGAGGGACAGAAAUAAGAGCAGAAGUGGGAUUACUUAACAGGUUUCACUCCUUCCCUUUAUGAUUCUGGAGAUAUUUUAAUGACCGACAGAUAACAUGAUAUCAGUUGGAAUCUCUCAGAACUUCCAGCUCCUUGUGAUGACGGGAGUUUUCAUUCUGGUGGGAAGAAUGAAUCGAGGAGGGGUGCAUGCAUGGACCUACACCUACAGCAAAGGCUCCAACCUGCAAUGGCACGAGGCUCGCCAGUGGUGCCAGAACCACUUUGUGGACCUGGUUUCCAUCCAGAACAAGGAGGAGGCUGAAUAUCUGAACAUCUUUCUGCCUCGUAGCCCCAAGUACUACUGGAUAGGAGUUCAAAAAGUGGCUGGAAUGUGGACCUGGGUGAAAACCAACGAGCCCGUUCCCGUGGAGGCUCAGCGCUGGGCGUCGGAGGAGCCGGACGACUUGGCCGGUCAGGACUGUGUGGAGCUGUACAUCAAGAGGGAUAAAGACACGGCCAAGUGGAACAAUGAGAAAUGCAGCAAACGGAAGGAAGCCAUCUGCUACGCUGCUUCUUGUACUCGGGAGUCCUGCAACGCUCAUGGAGACUGUGAGGAGACCAUAGGGAAUUUCACCUGCAGAUGUCACCCUGGUUUCCUGGGUCUGCACUGUGAGGAAGCUGUGGCCUGUGAAGUUCUGGCAGAACGCAGACAAAGUUCUCAGCUCUGUGUCCAUCCCAACGGACCCAAUCGGUUCAACUCUUCCUGCCGUUUCCACUGUGAAGUCGGCUUUCGGCUGGUGGGCGUGUCCGUGUUGGCGUGCCAGGCUGACGGGAGGUGGAGCCACCCCGUCCCUCAGUGUGAAGUGGAGCGCUGUCCCGCUCUGAACCAGACCGACUUCAGUUUGAACUGCAGCCAUCCCAUCAGCCCCUUCAGCUACAACUCCACCUGUCAGUUCUCCUGUGAUGACGGUUACGAGCUCGUCGGACAGGAGCGGGUCCGGUGUGACCACACGGGCCGGUGGUCGGCUGGGACUCCAGAAUGCUCAGUGAGAAAGUGUCCUGCUGUUGUUGCUCCUGCUGGGGGGAACAUGGUGUGCCUGGACUCCAUAGAGCCUUCCUCCUUCGGCUCGCGGUGUGACUUCACCUGCCAGGAGGGUCACGACCUUUUGGGCGGCAGCUCCAUCUCCUGCCUGGCAUCUGGAGAGUGGAGCAGCCCCGCCCCCAGGUGUGCAGCUGUGCGGUGCAGAAACCUGAGCGCCCCCCUGCACGGCUCCAUCCACUGCCGGGACCCCGUGGGGGAGCACAGCUAUGGAUCAGAGUGCAGCCUGAUGUGUGAGGACGGAUUUGAACUCGUCGGGACAAACCUGACCAAAUGUUCAGCGCGGGGAAACUGGAGUCAUGAACUUCCUGUUUGUCGAGUGACACUCUGCCAGACGGUCACCCCUCCCACCCACGGCGUCCUGUCAUGCUCACACCCCAACGGCCCCUUCAGCUUUGCCUCCAGGUGCUCCGUCACCUGUAAGGAGGGCUUCGUAGUAAACGGGACAUCCGAGGUGGAGUGUUUGUCCUCAGGGAGGUGGAGCGCAGGCGUCCCGACCUGCAGGGCCCUGACCUGUCCCCCUCUGACCGUCGUCUCUCAUGGUUCCACUCUCUGCUGGGAUCCACAUGAAAGAUCCAGUUUUGGUUCUCGUUGUACGACGUCCUGUGAGGACGGGUUUCUCCUGAACGGGACGGCUGACACAGAGUGCUCCUCUGGAGGCACGUGGACCUCUGAUGUCCCCGUUUGUUUGGUGAAAAAGUGCUCGGCUCUCAGAUCUCCCGCCCACGGCUCUCUGAAUUGUUCGGACCCUCAUGGAAAGUUCAGCUUCGCCUCUCGAUGUUCGACGGCGUGUGACGAAGGUUUUGUCCUGAACGGAACAGCUGACGUCGAGUGUUCCUCUCAGGAGACGUGGAGCACAGAACCUCCGGAGUGUCUGGCAAAGUCGUGUCCUCCUGUCAGCUCUCCUGCUCACGGUUCUCUGGUCUGCUCCGACACACAUGGAGAGUUCAGCUUUGGUUCUCGCUGCACAUCCGCCUGUGAGGAUGGAUUUGUCCUGAAUGGAACCGAGGAGACAAACUGCACCUCUUCUGGCGUUUGGAGCGCAGACAUCCCAAGAUGCAUUGCUCAAAGAUGCCCUGGUCUCCGCCCCCCCUCUCACGGCUCGUUGGCGUGCUCGGAUCCUCACGGAGAGUUCCGUUUGGGUUCUCGGUGCUCUUGGACCUGUGAGAGAGGCUAUCAACUGACGGGGGCAGGAAGCACGGAGUGCACGUCUGCAGGAACAUGGAGCGAUGAGGCGCCUCUUUGUCGAGUGCAACAGUGCCCCCGUCUGGUGACAGCGCCUCAGUACGGGAGGAUGAACUGCAGCCUCCUGGACCCCCCCUUCAGUUUCGGCUCCCGCUGUGACUAUGACUGCAGCGAGGGCUUCAGGCUGAAAGGUGCAGCUUCAGUGACAUGUGACCCCUCAGGCCGCUGGAGUCCAGACGUUCCCACCUGUCGACCUGUGCGGUGUGCAGCCCUCCAUCACUCGUCACCCGUGUCCAUGAACUGUUCCCAUCCGCUGGCUAACUUCAGUCUGGGCUCCGAGUGCGUGUUCACCUGUAAAGACGGAUUCUCCCUGAACGGCUCCACUUCUCUGCUUUGCUCCUCCUCUGGGUCCUGGAGCGACCAGAUCCCCACCUGCACAGGUCGCUCUCUGGGGUUGAAGAUCUUGCAGUAUGCCGCUUACGGAGCAGCCUGUGGCGCUCUGGCGCUCGUCCUGUUUGGACUGGCUGACCUGAUGACCAGACAUUUGAGGAAAGGAGGAAGUGCUAUGAAGUCUGAGGAUCUGUGGGUGGAUUCUGUAAAUCCAACCUUUGAAUUAUAAUCGUUUUUCUUAGAUCAGUUAGUGUAAGCAUUGGUAUUUAUUGCAUCCUGUAAAGUUUAUAUACUACCUUUACCCUGCUAUCAGACCGCGUGACAGACAAAUCCAACUCCUUCAUUCUGUCAUUUAUCUAUUAUCAGCCUCAGACUUUUUAUUUUUAAGUCAUUAAAGAGCAGAAGGGAGUAAAACUUCACACCUGAGGAGAGAAAAUCACUAAAAACUAAAGACUUGGAGAUCGUGGCUUAUCAACACCUACAGUUGCCAACAACAUACAGUAUGAUGAGCCUGUUUGAUACUUGGAUUAAGAUGUUUUAUUUUAGCUAUUUGUAUGGUAAUUCUUUUUAUUUUGUAUUAUAUUGUGUACAUGUGCUUUUUACAUCAUAGUCAGACGACUACAGAUAAAAACUAGUCUUUGGCUAAUAAA